GUGCGUGUUUGUUUUAAGAAGUUCGUAAAUCCAGAAUCAAAAUGACUCAUACAGUCUGCACGUAAAACCUGUUUGGAGAGCUACAGAAUCACCAUCUGAUGCCGAUGACCAGACAAUCCACAUGGUUUCAGUUGCUUGUUUGGCGUCAGAACAACAAGUCGUAUUUCGAAGAUGAAUGACGCUGUGAAAUAUUUAGUCUUCCCACUGGUGAUACUAUUCAAUGGCAUUGUUUCGGUGCAGCUGCAAUCAUUUUUAAGUACACCUCCACCGGACUACAAUCAACGAACAUCUCUGAGAGAUUGUCCUAAGCGGUUUUACACGGAGUUAGAUGAUGGUGGCGAUUUUGUUGGUGCAUUUGGUGGAUUUCGAGUUUUACGUGGAGAGUUUCAACACAUGGUAGCGAUCGGUUGGUCCCGUGCCGGUGGUAAAAUUGAUUACCUUUGUGGUGGAAGUUUGAUUAGCAAACAGUUCGUGCUGACAGCGGCGCAUUGCAAAACGGAUGGGAACGAUCUUCAGCCGGACACAGUGCGGCUAGGUGACACGGAUUUGGGAAGCACCGAGGAUGACGAGUUUGCACAACAAAUCGCGAUCGCUCGUAUGAUCGUGCAUCCCAAUUAUCGGGGAAAUCGUAAAUACUAUGAUGUGGCAUUGAUUGAGCUGCAGCAAAUGGCAAAGUUCACGGAAGCAGUAUGUUCUGCGUGUUUAUGGCAAGAGAAGACCCUACCCGACGGUGCCAUGGAUGCGGUCGGGUUCGGAGCAACCGGUUUCGGCGAAGCGCUUAGUCCGACACUGCAACGCGUAGUGCUGAACCACGUAGAGCAGGAAGAGUGUGCGAAGAGGAUUACGGUAAGCAAGCGCGAAAUGCCACAAGGCUUUCGAAUGGAUCAGUUUUGUGCGGCCAGCGAUGGAAUGGAUACUUGCGAAGGUGAUUCCGGUGGUCCGAUUGGAGUGAAGCUGCUGGAUGUUGGAGGUUCCGUCAUCCCACUGGUAACCGGUGUUGUUUCGUUCGGAACACCUUGUGCUGCCGGAUCUACCGGUGUGUACACCAAAGUAAGCGAAUACAUCAAUUGGAUCGAACGUACGACAAAUGCAUCGUAUAGUUACGCAGUCUGCAGCAGGGAAACGUCUUGUAUCGGACGACCAAAGGAGACCGUGAACGUGAACUUUGAGAGAAUCUACACACAGAGUCGAUUUGGCCUACUCUGGACGGAAGGCGACAGUUCGUUGGCAGAGUGUGCGGCUACGCUGAUCGACUAUCAGUACCUUCUUACAACCGCUUCUUGCGUUACAUCCCGUAAAGGUCACCCGAAGUAUGUAGUUUCGAAGAAGGAUGAAAUAGCAGCGAUCACCGAUGUCUACGUUUCGCCUCUAUACCAAGCUGGCCGUCCGGAAAAUGAUGUCGCUUUGCUGAAAAUGGAGCAGUACGUCAACUAUACGGUGUACCGUCCGGCAUGUCUUUGGGAUCGCGGAAUCGAUGGUGAGUGGGGUAUCGAUCCAAAGUUUAGCGCAUUCGGUUUGUUUAAUGACACCAUCAUCGUCACCGCUCGCAAUGGUACGGGAUGUGAGGAUGAGACUAUGCGUGGAACAGACUUACGUUGCUUCCAUAAUCACCUGGCUAUGAUGCCAGGAGUUUGUUGGAUGGACUACGGAGGCCCAGUUAUUGAUAAAGCGUUCUGGGGCGAGGUAGUGUCUCUGUAUGGCAUUGUUUCACCCUUGAGUAAAGGUUGUGGAUCCAAUUUGUAUAUGAUCGACAUUACGCCUCAUAUCGCAUGGAUAGAAGCAAUCAUCGUUGGUAGACGGGAUCAGUAUCUUGUGUUCUCAGACUAAGCAACAGACACUUGUUAAUAUAAGACUUUGUCCGUUUAGUUAGUUCUCUUUGGUGAACUAACAUAAAGGAGCUUCUUUGUAUCAGUAUUAUUAACCACAAAUCAUCUUCUUUCUUGCUCUGAACAUUCCACCAGAUAUCAACAUCGAUCAGUAUGAGAUAAAUUGAUUCUACGAUACAUAUUUACGUAUUCCCCCCAAACCAUUUGCUCCAUCAUGGUACGGUAUGCUAAAAGGAUAACGUAUCCGCAUCGAUUUGAAUGUUGAAAGUAUGUGAUUUUUAUUCCUCCCCUUUCUUACGUAUGGGCGAACUUCAAACAUCAGUUUCCACUUUCGGGGCUGUCAUUCUAGCGCCAUUUCGGAAUGCCUUUCUGAACACUUCACAUACGCUAUUUCACUCAGCUAAAAGUCUGCCUGCGUGAAGAGAUAUGGUCGAGGCUGGGUGGACACAUUCAUUGAGUACCAAAACCAACAUUAUCUUUUUCAAUGGAUCCAGUUUCAUACGGAGAUGGUAUGAAACAGUAGCGUGGGAUUCGUUAACUUGAAGGGCGAGUUGGUAAAAGAAAAGAAACAUAUGAAGAAAAUGCCUAGCAAAAGGCUCGUAACCGUGUCUCCUGCAGACAAAAACCUUCACCGUAGUAGACAAAUCUUCAACCCGACAAAAUUCACUUAAAAUGCACACAAAUUUUGCCCAAAUUCCUCGGGGAUGUAGCGGUGGAAGACGAUCGGGUUCGGUUUGGUUACGACGCGACGACCGACGAGGGCAGAGUUAUGUUGGGAAUAAAAUUUAAUACGGUUACAAAUUCGGUUGUAUAUUCAUUCGUAUUCAUAACCAUUUUGAAUGGGCACAGGACAAGAAACCCCAAUCGACUACAGCGUCAGUGGCUGCAUGCUGCUUAUGCUAGAGUUACCCCACGAAAGGAACUACCUACAGCUUUGAAAUCUGAAUAAUGGAAUAUCGAAAAACAAAUAAAUCAAACAUCAAAAACAAUAUAAUUGAUUUUUUCUUGAGCAUUACAUCCGUACAAAUAAAUUGUUUUUACUAUAUCUUAUGUAAUUACCAAAACGAAAUGUUUUCCAACACAGUGAAUCUGUUGUUUGAAGGAACUUUAAAUCUAUAAAACUAAAAGCAAACACUUUAAACCAUCAGCCCUCAGCAUCAGAAGUUUUUCUUCGUUAUACUAUGUUUUUUUUUCGAGUACGUUGCCAUUCUGUUAUCUAAACUCAGAUGAGAAAAGUUCGUAUCUCCGGAGAGUAACAUCCAUCCUGGCGUUGUGUACAAUAGUGCGGUUCGGGUUCCACCGUCUGUCGGCGAAAGGACACGCAGACGAAUGCCAGGGCAAGAUAAAUGAAUAAAUAAGGAUUCAUCAGUGGGGUGGUUUUUCAAGGCUCCUCCCAUUUUUAACACCAUACGAGAGUUUGGUGUGACGAAACUGAUGUUGUGCGCCGAUGUAUAAGCGUACACUGGUCGACGAAGGGAACUCAGAUAGGUAACUGUCAUUUGCCAGAUUUACUUAAACGCUCCAUGAAUGAAUAGUAAACUUCGAGUUAACAAUACAGUUGCAAAGAACGUACAGCUUUUAAGUAAAAGUGACUUUGGUUAUCGUUUUUUGCCACUAACCACAAGUAAUAAGUAAUCAGAUUGCUAAAUGUUUUGCAGAUACCAAACGUCAAUUGGAGGAUACAACAAUGGAUGUUUUUGAUCCAAGACAUUACUUUGCACGAAAGAAUUACAAGGAUGUCAUCUAGUCUAAGCCCGCGUUAAGUCUCUACUAGCGUUCACAAUUCCAUUGAGUCUGACGGCACCGCCACCACCCUUGCAUUUGCAUAAUUAAUAGACAUUUAAUUACAAUAAUAACAAAAUUUACCCUGAAUUAAACCCCAUUUUCACACCCUGCUAAAUGUCCGUGCAAGAUAGCGUCGAUAAGCGAACCCACGGCACCGGUCCCAGUAGGAGGCAUCAUCGUAUCCCUUUUUAUCAUGGGGAUUCCUUUCCCUUUCGCACCUUCGCACGAACACACCUGGCGGCUCAUUUCACAGUGCAGUUAAUUGUCACAACGUUCUCAGCUGGUGGUAAUUUAUUAUCCAGUUGAGUGAUAGGAUUCGGUGUUCGGUCAUCGAAAUUUAUGCUUGCUCACUCACUAUCCGCAGUUGUGCUCGAGGGUUCGUGUUCUUCUAAUCAUUACCGAUGGUCAAGUCACUCUGCCUGCUGAGUGAGAUGUUCUGGUUUUGUGUGCGUACGUGAUGCGUCCGGAUACUACGAGGACAUUAUUUACACCUAUUGUAUACACUAAUUUAUGCACAAUGUCAGUGUAAGGUGACAGUGUUUUAUGGUGAACAUGGACCGAUGACACUGAAAACUUUGCUUUUGGGUCGGGUUUGUGACGACGAACCCAAUCGAUGGUCAGCUCAUCCAAAGGAGGUAGCCUCAUUUGCAUCGAUAUUGGUGCCGGGUAACUACGCCCUGUGUGUAAUUUUAAUGUCCCUCAUUAGGGCACGGUGCUGCAGCACGGAAGGUGUGAAAAACUUAAUUUAGCUGAAACAAAAAUGCAUGCUCGUUUGCGUGUUCGCGCGUGCUUGUGAGUGUAAUCUUUGUUAGGGAUUGUAAAGCCCCUACCGGCGUUUGACCUUUCCUUUAUCAAUGGGAGGAAGAAUGAUCAUCACUAUAGCUUAUGACAAACAGUAACAAUUUUCAUAAAUUAUUUCUUAAUUUGUAUGAACUAUUGACGUUUUUACUUAUUUUUAUUACGCUCAAAUUGAUUGAGAAAAUUAAUUGAUAAUGUUAUCGGUGAAAACAUUCGUAACAUCAUUCUGUCCUAAAAGUAUCAACCUUUUCUAUAGUGAUUUCUUCAUUGCCGUUUAUCAUUUUGUUAAGUUGUCCGUGGACCAUCGACCUGGACACUAAAUGAUGAGCUGAUUUUAUCUUUGUAUGUAAAUUUUAUUACCUUCACAGUGAUCACACUCGUUCACGCGAUUCGUGCAUUAGAAGCAGCAAUCACUUUUUGACCAGUCCGACGAGUAAAGGUAUAUUUCAUUUAAAAGAAGAAUCGUAAGAAGCAUAGCAUUUCAAUUAGAUGUAAAGUAAGUGAAAUUGACAACUGACGUUCUGCACGGACCAAACUGAUAAGCUGUCGAUAAGAAUUUACAGGCGAAAAAAAUUAAGGUUUUUUGCUCUCAACAGUUGAAUCGCAAGUCCGUAAGGGUGUGUCGAAAAUGGCUUUUGCCAUACUUUAAAUUGUUCUUCCGUAUUGAAUUGUUUCUGUCAGCGUUGAAAAAUGGUUCAAUUUUCAUCGUUUGUCCAGAUCACGUUUGAUCAGGUUGUAUUUAUAAUCAUCGUCCAGUCUCGAGGGAACACCAUCUACCAUCCACAAGAUUCGUGUGCCAAGCUUCAGUAAGAUCCUGGUUUGUAGCUCUUGUUCGGCCCUGCCUCACGUCCACACUCCGGUUCACGUCGACCGAUGCGUUUACUUUUAAUCAACCUCACUGAGAAAACUGUCAGACUUUUGAGUUCUCCUUCCAACGGUCCAAACGGACGUCAAAUCAUAAUUCUUCCGCACUGCCCGAGGUAUUAUCACAUGUGUCCAAAAAGCACUCACCCACACAUACACAUUCGCGUUUCGUAAUUCGUAAGGUUCCCGAUUGCUUUACAGUUCGCCUGCAAGGGUAUCGCAAGGAUGGUUCGCUUUUUUCUUAUGAUAAGUGAGUCCCCUGGGUCUCCUUCGGACAACAUUCGCUGUACUCGCUGUGAAGGAGGAAGCGGACGUAAUGUUUGGCAUAAUUUUCAUUACCAUUUUCCAUCAAAUGUGGCAAUGUAGUGUUUUCUGACGUAAGACGGUUUGGAACACAUUCGGUAGCCAAGUAAAAUGCCAAGUGCUCACGUAUUUGGAAACUCCUGACACCAUACAUGCAGACGAAGAUGAAUCGAUUAAUCUCCGGUACAAAGUCAUGGUUGGUAGAGUCAACAAAUAUGAAAAUAUGAUGUCCAUGGCGGAUUUCUUUUUGAGAGGAAAAUAAGCGUGGAAUUUAUUUGUCCAGUCGCUAUCACGGUUGCUUUUCUUCUCUUCUUUUGUGACUCUUGAACCUCAUGAAGUCUUGCAUUCCUAGAUUUUAUUACAUCCAGUAACAAGAUGCUGUUAUAUUCAACGUGCUAAGUAUAGAUAAAUGUCACUUAAAUAUAUGUAUAUGAACUGAAUUAAAAACGUCUUGAAAAGCUAUAUGACAUUUUCCAACAUUUUCAGGGAAUUUAAUUUCCCAAACUAACCGUGUUACGCUGUUCAGCAUCCGAAUAAAUGGUCUAUUAGUCUUAUCCAUAACAACUGUCUAUUGAUCCUAUACACCACGCACAGGAAGAUUUACACAACCUGCACGACUAAAGAAGUUUCCCAUGAUAUCCGGAAGUGCCCGAGAAGGAACCAAUCCGGAAGAAACAUGCUUAUUCAAUUAAAUUUAGCCCAAGUCUUAGCCGGUGUGUCUGGAGCAGACCACUCUAACUUAAUUAUAAGUUUUUCAUACGAAUUUAUGAUUCGGUAACAUCAACCACCCAGGUACAUGCAAUUUCCGUAAGGCAAGCUAAAUAUUACCAACAGGCAGACGACACUAAACCAUCGCAGAUAAAUGCCAAUGCCACAGAGUUGGUGGUCUGAUCCUACAGUUGGUUAACAGUCGUCUAACAUUUUUGUCAAACACGGAAAAAAGUUUUCUUUCCUCCCUUUCCACAUCCACUUCUACGAGAGUAUACGGACGUACUGGAAUGCUGCAGAGAAAACUUGCCCUCUGCCAGAGGCCAGGAGUUGGAGUUGCCGGUUUUGUGUGUAUAUAUAAUUUAUUUCAUAAUUUAUCAUUACUCCACGAGCUCGCUUUUAGCAGAUGGACACGGAAGCGUGGUACACCUUAGCGAUAUGUACGAAGAACCUCGCAACAGCACACCGUACGAGAUUAAUGAAAAUGCUUUCCGUAGGCUUGUGGAAUCUCUGCGACCAGGCGUUUACUCCGGUCAGGCACGGAUUGUACACGGGCAAAGUUAUGAUUAUGAUUAUGUGGUUUCAUAUGCCGAUGCAGAGUAAAGCAGUGAAACGCACCGAAUAUCCUUAGCAGUGGCUGUCAGGGAUUAACGUACGUACAGCGGCCCGGUACACCGGUAUGUUUCGGAGUUUACGUGAAAGAUAAAUAACAAAGAACGAAGUUUUCCGUGCGGCCGUAGGACAGCGCUUGGGAACUUCAUGUCGUUGGAUGCGAGCAACGGGUACGGGGCGAGUCGUGAAGUUUUGGUCCUUCGGACCUAACCAUGCAUGCACACAAAUCAGCAUUCACUUAAUUUGGGAUUCAUAUCACUCGAUUAAUUAUUUACAAGUUAAAUCUGACGUUGCAUUGAUGAUCGGAGGGUGAACUUUGCCACGGACGAUGGAGACGCAGGGUCGUGGAGAAUUCUAACCUCCUAACCGGUCGAUAAUGGAUGACGGUCGGGUCAGUGAACGAUGUACACAUCCACCGAACUGAGAAAAGGUUCGAUAAUUUAAGACGAUGCUAAGGUGAAUGAUUGAUGGAAGAUGAUUCAAUUCAAGCAGUCGGAAAAACGGACUUGAUAUGCAUAAUCUGAUCUAAAAUCUGGCAUAAUUUGUAAGCUUAUCUACACCCUUGUUAACAGCGAUCCAGUUCUUUUUUUU